CCUCCUCUCCCUCCCCCCUCCCCGAGCGACCUUCUCCUUCGCUUUUCCUCGCGGCGAAGCCGCAGCUGCUGCCCUCACCGCCGCUAAAAUGGCAGAGUCUUCGGAAGAGGUGGCGGUGCUGGUGCAGCGGGUGGUGAAGGACAUCAACAACGCGUUUAAGAGGAAUCCGCUCAUAGAUGAAAUAGGUCUAAUACCCUGUCCUGAAGCUAGGUACAACCGGAGUCCGAUAAUCCUGGUUGAAAAUAAGCUUGGUGUGGAGAGCUGGUGUGUCAAGUUUCUUUUGCCAUACGUCCACAACAAACUCCUCCUGUAUAAACAAAGGAAACAGUGGCUGAACAAAGAUGAAUUGAUAGAUGUAACAUGUACGCUGCUGCUUCUAAACCCAGACUUUACCACUGCGUGGAAUGUAAGGAAAGAGUUGAUUCUGUCUGGUACUUUAAACCCAAUUAAAGAUUUGUACCUGGGGAAGUUGGCAUUAACUAAGUUUCCUAAGAGCCCUGAAACAUGGAUUCACAGGCGAUGGGUGCUGCAGCAACUAAUUCAGGAAAACUCCUUAUCCACAUUGGUGACAAAGGGAAAUAUGGAGACAAUUCCUGUGGAAAGGAUGCAACGGAUCGUGCGGGAAGAGAUGGAGGUCUGCGGCGAAGCUGCCGGCAGAUAUCCAAGUAACUAUAACGCCUGGUCCCACCGUAUCUGGGUUUUGCAACACUUGGGAAAACUGCAUGUUAAGACCCUUCUCGAUGAACUAACUUCCACUAAACACUGGGCAUCCAUGCAUGUUUCAGACCACAGUGGAUUUCACUACCGCCAGUUCUUAUUAAAGUCUUUGAUUAGCCAAACUCUGACUGACAGUACUGUGUUAGUGCAAAACACUUUGGUUGGUGAGCAAGCCCCGAUUCUUCCAAAAGACGAAGCAACAGCAACAACUUUGGUGGAGGAGCAGGGGGUAGAUCUUCUUCGCCUUCUAGAGGAGGAAGUUGAACUCAGCACUGAUCUCAUUGAUACCUACCCUGGGCAUGAAACACUAUGGUGCCAUAGACGGCAUGUGUUCUACCUACAGCACCAUUUUCACAGUAAGCUCUCGCAAAACAUUGUCCGGCUGUCUCCUGUGGACCACAGCGAUGGGACUUUAAAUGAUUCGUACCUCAGCCCAUCCGAUAUCCAUAUGACUCAGGCCAUGGAUGUGGAUGGAUUGAAUGACUCAAGCAAGCAAGGCUACUCGCAAGAAACCAAGCGCCUGAAGCGGACCCCAGCUCAAGACUCUCUUGGCCUAGAUGUGGAGCGUAGGUUCGUUGAGCACGUUUUGUCCACCUGCAGAAAUGUGGAGCAAGCCAGGUUUGCUAAUGCCUACAAGAAAUGGCUGGUUACAUUAAGUCCCGGUGAACAUGGGUGCUGCUCCCAUAGGAGCUGAGUUGGAGGGAGGCUGGCCGUUUAAAAUGAAAACAUCAGACACGAAAGGACCUGGUUCCGUAUCUGUACCAGACCAGCUGAAAACUAGAGUGUUUCCGUUCAGAACCUGAAUGUCGGCUGCCCUAGGUUCAGGUAAUAAUCUUUUUUAAAAAAGAUUUAAAGAGCUAGUUUCUUAACCCAAUGUGGCUGCCUUCUUUGAAAGUGAGUUAUUUUCAAAGUGGACCUCUAACCAUAUUGGCUUACUUUCACAUCUGGGACAAUCACCACAGAAAAAGAGAGAAAAAAACGAUAAAGAGAUACAUCCCAACCCACACUGAGCUGUUAGCUUUGUUUAUGCACUCCAGCUGGAAAGCGAUCGUUUAGCCAUUAUUUAACUUCAGGUCACCAGCUAUUGAGGGUCUAAGCCCGGUAUUUGAGGGCAUUAUAGUGACUGUUUCAGAUAUCAGAGGUCAGACUUUAAUAAGUAAUAUUUUAGCUUCUUGUGGCAUUUUUUUUUUUUGGCAAAUCUGUGCUUGGGAGAUUGUUCCUCUACUUUUAAAAAAAAGUUCAACUCUAAAAUAAAUCAUGAUCUUUGGGAUGCUUCUAAUCCUAUUGCAAAGCAGUUUGAAGAAUUUAGGAUUUGGUGUCUACUCAUUUUGCCUUUCACUGCAUCACGUGACGUUUGAUUGCUACACAGAUGUUUAACUAUUUUGGUACGUCUGUGUAAACUUGAAAUCCCAGCUCUCAUCCUUUACUGCAAACUUGUGGGAUGCGAUCUUAGCCUCCAAACGGAAGUGACCAUUAAAAAGAAUUAACGAACAACGCUUUAGAUUUUUAAAAUAUAGAUUUUAGUUUAUACGCGCUUAUUCCAGUAUGUAUCAACUUCUGUGACAACAGCUUUUUAUCUUAAUUUGUUACAGAGCAUAUGAGGUACCUCCAAGAUUUGCCGAAUGUAUACUUUGUAUAAUUCAAUAUCUGGGACACUGUGUUAAGGUCUUGUGCCAGUUCUCACAACUUGCUGACUCACUCAGAUCUCUUUGGUUAUGAUUGCUUGUAACCUAGUGUAUAUGUUGCUAUUGUCAUUAUUAAUGUAUUGAUCAGGGAAUCUAGUAAGUACUAAUUACUGUCUUGCAGAGUGUACAGGAGCAGCUCAAUAGGAUGAGUAAAAAGACUCUAGGUACUCUGGGGCUGAGUAUUUCACUGCUUGACCACAAAUUUGUUCUGUGAUUAUGGGUAAGCCACUUAAACCUUCCUAGACCUCAGUUUCCUUCCUUUCCAAACAAGGAAAUUGGGGGACAUUUACCAGCAAAAACGCUGUAUGAAUGUUUAAACAGGGUACACCCCGCUCUGCGUUAAACCAGGGGUUACAAUCUUGCAGAACCACGAGUUAAGAAAAACAUGCAUCAGAUUACUCACCCCAUAUGCACCACCAGGUGCGUACAUACAGGCGUUUCUUCCGACACCGCAUCACACUGUAUCUGGAUAGGUGCGUGUCGUCAGAAAAAUGUUCCCUAAUCCUGCGGUUGCCUUCUAGCCAAAAUGCAUCGUGAAAACCUGUGUUUUAGUGGAACUGAGUGUACUUAAAAUGGAAGCUCUUAGGUUUAAAUAAUUUUUAUGUCAAUAGAGUUUUGGGUUGUGUAACACUAUUGGGUUUGUGUAACACUAUUAUUAUGAAUUACAUCGCAUCCAUCGUCUUUCAAUUGAAGGAUUGUACAACAUGUAGUCUCAUCACACUCCUGUGCAGAGGUAUUAUAAGAUGCAAUGCGCGCCUCCACCCCACCCUUUUUAAAAAAAAAAAAAAACACUGAGGAGAAAAUCGAGGCACGUAAACAUCGUGGCUAACCCGGAGUUAUAAAGACGACCGGGGAGGGUAAAAUAAAAUCAAGGCUUGGGGAAAACAGUCCCUUUUUUUCCACUGUGUAACUUGUAUUUGCCAUCUUAUUUGGAGUGCCUUUAAUUUUUAAUUGGAUCAGGUUUGGGGUGGGGGUUUCUUCUUUUCACAAAAAGCAAGGUCAGAGAAAUUACCCCUCUAGACCGUAAGUUUAUUGCGGUCAGAGAACUUGUCUACUAACUCGGUUGUGUUGUACUCUCCCAAGCACUUAGUACAGUUCUCUGUACACAGUAAGCGCUCAAUAAAUACCAUUGGUUGAUGGAUUGACGAUUGCCCUCUCGAGAUGGGGGAUGAAGAGUGCUGACAACCUUGUCAGAUAUCAUUGAUGAUAACUUGCUUCUUAGGUGGCAGAACCCAACUUUUGAAAAAUUAUUUCGAUUAAUGUCUCAAGAGAACAAAUUUGUAGGCAUCGGUUUUUUAUCUUCACUGACGCAUGCCGAUAAUAGGCAUGAUCUCAGAAGGUAGUGUAUGGUUCUUUGUUCCUUCACGAUAUCUUUUAUCUUGUAGUGGGAUGUUGUCAUCAACAAAUAUUAUAUUUUGGUUCAUAUUCCUGUGUUUUGAUUACGUUUUUAAGGCACUUCCUCAAGAAAAAUGGACUGUUGCUUCGUUUUAAUCAAAAUCUGGGAGACAGAUUUAGGAGACAAGCAGGUCGCUCCAGAUUCAAGUGAAGUUUAUUUCAUAAAACUUAUUUAACUCCUUCGUGAAACAAACCAACUGUGUCCUUGGUUAACUGCUUCCUUUUGUUUGUUCAGUAUUUUAUUCCCCUGCCAACCUCAGGCUAGACCCAGCCAUAUGAAAGAAAUGAACACUUUAUUUCCUUGGCCAUCUAAUUUGUUUAAAAGACUACUGAGGGGGACACUUAAAAUAUGAAUACUAAGAGUUGAACCAGAGGGCUGGUUAAAAGAUCAAAAAACUGUCACAGCACUUUGCAGUUGCAUAGUAGUUUUUGGUCAGAUGAUCCCAUGUGCUUUAGAGCGAAGGGUUUGAGGCAUUUCCCUGAGAGACCGCCAUCCGCGAGGCAACUGGCUAGCAGCCUCAGGGAGUCCAGUUGUGGAACUGGGAUGAUAAUCCAAAACUAGAAGAGCACACCUCUUUCCUUAAGGAGGGGAAGGAGAAAGGGUAUCCUGAGCUUCCACAAAUAUUUCUCGUAGUCAGUUUAGGCUUUCAGUAGAAUACCCUGCCAUUUCCUUUACUGAGUGUGUGAUUACCUCUCAGGGUAUAGGAGACUUCUUGAACUGAGGAUGCGUUUUUAGUAGUCUGUGGCAAAAAAGUGAACUAAAUGCUGAAUAUUUAAUAUCUAGCUUUCAAAAUUUCUAGUCUAGGAAGUAUUUGAUAUGUCACUAGCUAACACAGUAGCUGGUUGCUGCUUUGGGACUGCCUCAUGACCUCUAAGUUUUGCUUUAUACCUUGUAACCCAUAGUGUGAACAAACUUUAAACUGAAUCAUGUGUGGAAAUGAUUUGUGUCUUUGAAUUGUGUACAUUUUUUUUUUUAGGAUAUAAAUAUCUGGAGACAUGUAGCUACUUUAUCUCAGUUGACAUUUAACUCAAACUGUUAAAAUUUGGUUUUAUGCGUCAGCACUGGCGGUGCAUACUCUGAUAGGUAUUGUGCAUCUUCAAACAUAUGGCACCCUUGAUAACAGUUAUGUACAACCUGUCUGAUAAUCAGUCUAAAGAAUGGGAUUUUUAAUUAAAAACUGGAUGGUUCAAAUAGUCUGUCAGUUUUAGGGUACCUGCCCUCAAAAUGCGAUGGAGAAGAAUUGUAUAGAUGGAACUCUAGUAUGGUAAACCCAGUUAUCUUGGAAGAAUUUUACCACAUCAAGUUAUAUUGCAUUUUGAUGAAAUGUGGGUUAUUCUGUUACAUGCAUUGCACAUUCUAUGAAUAUAAGACUAAAUGAAAAUAAAAUUGGCGUUUUGAUUUA